GCAGGCGGGGCCCAGGGGGGGCGGAACCAAGGGAGCCGGAACCUGCGGGGCCGGGGGACGGGAAUGGGAGCCGGACACGGAGCGCCCCUCUCCCCAGCCAGGACGGCACCAACCGCUUCCCCCAGCGUGUGAGCGAGUGACUCCAGCCCCCAGGGAGACGCCCGUAAAGCCGGAGUCUGGUGAGAGAUUUGUAACGCGCCCCAGCGUCACCCCAGCCCCACGCUCACAGAGUCCAGAUCUCUCAGAUUUAGCCACCGUAGGUACCAGCCACUUGGGUCCCAUCAUGGCGUUUCCUGAGCCGAAGCCCAAGAAGCCAGAGCUGCCAAAGAAGCUGGUGCAGACUCUGGAGUGCAAACAGGGAGCGGUCAGGGCAGUGAGGUUUAAUGUGGAUGGAAAUUACUGUCUCACCUGCGGAAGCGACAAGUCCCUGAAGCUGUGGAACCCCCACAAGGGGACCCUCCUGAAGACCUACAGUGGCCAUGGCUACGAAGUGUUGGACGCGGCUGGCUCCUUUGAUAACAGCCAGCUCUGCUCCUGUGGGGCCGACAAAACGGUCGUCCUGUGGGACGUAGCCAGUGGGCAGGUGAUCCGCAAGUUCAGAGGUCACGCGGGGAAGGUGAACUGCGUGCAGUUCAACGAGGAGGCCACCGUGAUCCUGUCGGGCUCAAUCGAUUCCAGCGUCCGCUGUUGGGACUGCCGCUCACGCAGACCCGACCCCAUCCAGAUCCUGGACGAAGCCAAGGACGGGGUGUCCAGCCUGAAAGUGUCGGAUUAUGAGAUCCUCUCUGGCUCUGUGGACGGCCGCGUCCGGCGCUACGACCUGCGCGCAGGGGAGCUGUACUCGGAUUACGUUGGAAGCCCCGUCACCAGCGUGUGUUUCAGCAAGGACGGGCAGUGCACACUGGCUGCCAGCCUGGACUCCACCCUGCGCCUGCUGGACAAGGACACCGGGGAGCUGCUGGGCGAAUACACCGGCCACAAGAACACGGCCUACAAGCUGGACUGCUGCCUGAGCGAGAAGGACACGCACGUGGCCAGCUGCUCGGAGGACGGACAGGUGUAUUUCUGGGACCUGGUUGAGGGCUCCCUGACGCUGAGCCUGUCCGUGGGCAGAGGUGUGGUCCAGUCCCUGUCCUUCCACCCCAGCGAGCCCGGCCUGCUCACGGCCACCGAGGGGCGCGUGCAGCUCUGGAGGGAGGAGCCCCACACCGCCGAGGAGCAGCCGCCCGCCUGUUGAAUAGGAGCAUCAAGCGUCCCUCCGGCCAAUCACACACGGACUCAGUCUUGGGGCAGCCGCUUUAUUGAGCCCCGUCUCGGAGUGGGGGCGGCCGGGACUCUAGGGGGGGGCAGCAGCAGUGAGCCCCAGAGCAUGGCAGGGGGGGGCGACCUCUUGCCCUCCACAGCAGCUCAGAGCCCAGCCAUGCAGGAGUCGUGGGCCUGCCCAGCAACCCUCUACCAACCAGUGACCCUACAGCCCCCCACUAUCACCCCACCCUCCAGGGGGCAUCUGGACACAGCCACAACUGGCUCAGAGGGUCAGGGGUGGGGAGACUUCAGAAGACAUUAAUAGGGGGACCCCCCAAGGCCUCUAACCGUCACCCAUCUGGGGCUUUGGUUUUUUAAAGUCUUCCCCAAAAUCUAUCCCCCAGUGCCAGGCGUCCAUUCCAUUGGUCAAGUACGCCACAGUCACCCUCCCCCUGCCCCCGACAGGUCCAGUGAGGGCACAACCAGCACCCCGCGUGGAAACUGACACCUGCGCACCAGCUCCAGCCAGGAGCUAAACUCUCUGUUUUCCCUGCUGCAGAACGGCAGGGGCGGGCGGGCGCCAGAGCUCAGCGCUGCUGGGCGGUUCUCUCCCCCCUGCAAAAGGGGGUGUUCCUAGCACAGGUUACAACGGACACGCCCCGGCUCUCCCUAGGGGGGCACAGCUCCUGUCCCCCAGGCUGCCCUCACAACAGGGCUCCCUUAGCCUGCGCUAGGGGCAUUCUCCCCUCGGGGUCACUGGAGAGGGAACACACAGCAGCGAGGGUUUAGUGCCGCUCAGCCACUGACAUUAGAGGGAAGCCGCGAAAGCCGGCUGGCUGGCUCUUCGCUGCUGCUAACAGGUGUCCUGAGCGCGUGGGAUGGGAGCACAGUUGCUCUUUCCCAAAAGCUGAGUAAUAAAAUCAUGUUUAACAUGU